AUGAAAGUACUUCUAUCCAUCCUAUUCUUCAAUUUUGUUUCCUCUACUUUGACACAAGCUACUUCGACAGAUAAUAAUGCCAAUAUUUAUAUUGUAUAUAUGGGAGCUAAAAAGAAUAAUCAUGAUUUUCUUCUUAACUCUUUGUUGCCAAGGAAUAAAAAUGCAUUAGUACACAAUUACAAGAAUGGAUUUUCAGGAUUCGCUGCUCGACUAACAGAAUUAGAGACUCAUAAAAUUGCCAAACAACCCGAGGUUGUUUCAGUGUUUCGAGACCCAAUACUUCAACUUCAUACAACCCGUUCUUGGGAUUUUUUAGAGUCUCAACCAUUAUCCAAUAAUGAUCCUAUGUCAUCUUCAGAAGGAUAUGACACUAUUAUUGGAUUUCUAGAUACCGGUAUAUGGCCUGAAUCAAAAAGUUUUGAAGACAAAAACAUGGGUCCAAUACCUUCAAGAUGGAAAGGGAAAUGUAUGGAGGGACCAGACUUCAGUGCAUCAAAGUGUAACAAGAAACUAAUAGGAGCCAGAUUCUACAAUGGCGCUACAUCAGCGAGAGACAUGUUUGGGCAUGGCACCCAUGUAUCAUCUACAGCAGCAGGAAGUUCAGUUGAAAACGCAUCGUAUUACGGUAUAACCAAUGGAACAGCUAGAGGAGGAUCUCCUACAUCACGUAUAGCAAUGUAUCGUGUGUGCACAUCAGAUGGUUCUUGUUUAGGAUCAAAUAUAUUGGCUGCUUUUGAUGAUGCUAUUUCUGAUAAUGUGGAUGUAUUAUCUUUAUCACUUGGUUCUUCCAUGGAACAUGAUUUUGCGUAUAAUGCCAUUGCUAUUGGAUCAUUUCAUGCUGUUCAGAAAGGGAUUACUGUAGUCUGUUCUGCUGGGAAUGAAGGACCUUUUCCUCAAUCAUUAGCUAAUGAAGCUCCUUGGAUUUUGACUGUUGGUGCUACUACUGUUGAUCGUGAUCUUGUUUCCGAUGUCAUCUUGGGAAACAAUAAAGUUGUUAAGGGUGAAUCCAUUAAUUUAUCCGAACUUAAAGACUCCCCAAUUUACCCACUGAUUCCUGGUUCUGCUGCCAAGACAAAAUCUGCAAGUGAAGCUGAUGCAAGGCAAUGUUUGGCAAGCAGUAUGGAUCCAGAAAAGAUCAAGGGUAAUAUAGUAAUUUGCUGGGAUGAAGAUGAGACAAUAUCUAGCUUGAUAAAGAAGACAAAUAUAAUUAAGGAUAAUGAUGGAGUUGGAAUAAUAAUAAUCAGUGAUUCAUAUAGAUUGGUUGCCUUUAAUACCCUUAAUUUCCCAACUGCUGUGGUUAGCUCAAAGGACGCUAUAGAUAUCAUUUUAUACAUCAAAUCAACAAAAAACCCCUCUGCAACAAUUUUAGCUACAAAAACAAUUCCAAAUUUUAAGCCAGCACCAACUGUUGCAACAUUCUCUUCAAGGGGCCCUUCAUAUAACACAAAAAACCUUCUCAAGCCUGAUAUAGCUGCACCAGGAGUUAGUAUCCUUGCUGCAUGGAUUGGUAAUGACACAUCAAACGCAACCACUCCUACUGGCAGACAACCUCCGCAGUUCAAAUUGAUUUCUGGAACCUCUAUGUCUUGUCCUCAUGUUUCUGCUAUUGCAGCCAACAUCAAAUCUCAUAACCCAACUUGGAGUCCUGCUGCUAUCAAGUCUGCUAUUAUGACAACUGCGAUUCAAACCAACAACUUGAAAGAAGCAAUAACCACAGAAACAGGUUUGGCAGCCACACCAUAUGACUUUGGUGCUGGAGAGGUGAGGCCUACACAAGGAUUACAACCGGGACUCAUUUAUGAUGUCGACACCCUUGACUACCUCAACUUCCUCUGCUACUUGGGUUACGAUCUCUCGAAAAUUAAGCUUAUUGCAGGUAAACUUCCAAGUGGGUUUUCUUGCCCCAAAAACUCGAGCCCAUCCAUGGUUUCCAACAUCAACUACCCAUCCAUUGUUGUGUCAAUGAACGCAACAACAAAGACAGUUGAAGUGAAUAGAACAUUAACUAAUGUAGGAGAAGAGGCAGUAUACACUUUGACAAUAGAUAAGCCUACUGGAGUAGAGGUAACUGUGAGUCCUAAUGAGCUGAAAUUCACAGCAAAGACCAAGGUGUUGGAGUACAAAGUUACAUUUACAACAUCAUCUUCUUCUGUGAAGGGGGAUUUGUUUGGGGCUAUUACAUGGAAAAGCAACAAGUACAAAGUCAGAAGUCCAUUUGUUGUAAUCAUUUAGUAGAUUAUUUGACAUUGUUAGUGAUUCC